CACGAAGGAAAACGAAAGUAAAAGACAAGUUAGAUAAGGACUUUCCACGAAAACGCCUAUCAGUAGCAGCUGAAGUACUUAGCAGUAUGACAGUGAACAUGUUUAUUAUUGCACCAUGAACGAUGUAUCAGGAUGAAAGUGAAGACCAACCUGAUGAAACCUUAAAUGGUAAUUUGCCCAUAGUAGAUAGACAUUCAAAUCUUGUAUCUGCUACAUAUAUUCAAGAAGAAAAUUUGGAACCUUUUCCUGACUUGAGUUACUUGGAACCAGCUGUUGUACCUGAUAUAACGGAAAACCUGAUCACCGAUAUUGACAGCUGGAAAGAGGAAGUUAAUCAGGAACUAGUCAGAAAAAAACAACUAUCAACAAUACACAAAUAUCCACAGACAAUAAAGAUGGAUGGACACAGUGGACAAGAAAAUUUAUGCUCUUGUGAAGGGAGUAUAAAACAGCAUGGACGUGGGUCACCAGAUAAUACUAUGAACCCCCAAAAUGCCAAGGCAAAUACUGAUGAUAGCCAAAGUCAUGAUGAUGAAGAAACUUACCACUCAUUGCCAAGUGAUGAUGAUGAUGAUGAUUGCCAUAACCAUAGUUUAAGAAGUACAGACAAUGGUAUAAAUAUAGAUGGUGAAAAAAUACGGAACAAGGAUGAUGAUGAUGAUGACAAUGGUGAUGAUCGUAGUAUGAGAGAUACAGACAAUGGUAUAAAUAUAGGUGGUGAAAAAAUAUGCAACAAUGAUGAUGAUGAUGAUGAUGAUGAUGAUGAUGAUGAUAAUGAUGAUGAUAUUGUAAUAACCACUAUUCAUAAGGAUAGAGGUAAUAGCAGUACUUGUAGUAAGGGCGAUGAUGAUCCCAGUACAAAUAAAAAUGGUUUAGAUCAUGAAUUGAAUAAUUGCCACACAGAAGACAAGUAUCAAAGUCAUGAUAAGACUACCUCUAAACAGUCACUUAAUACACCUGCUACUGGACAAUUACCUAACAGACCUGUUACUGAACUACCACCUUGCAGACCUGUUACUGAACAAUCACCUAACAGACCUAAUACUGCACCAUCACCUAAUAGACCUGAUACUGCACCUGUUACUGAACUAUCAGCUAAUAGAUUUAAACAUGGAGAAUACAUACCUGCUACACCAUACCCACCGAUGGCACGACCUGUCAAUCCUAACUUGAGUCCAUGGCCAUUCACUGGAACUCCGUAUCAGUUUCCUUAUCCUCGAUAUGAACCUAUGUAUAAUAUGCCAUCACAUUACAAUUCUAAUAUGACACCUUGUCCUAAUAACCGGUAUCAGUCUGGAUAUGGAUCUAUGAAUUCAGUAUCAGAUGCCUCUCCAGUCAGUACAAAAGUAGCAGGUUAUAAACAACCUCCAUGGGAUAUAACAACAUCUACAUCUGGUAAUACACCAAUAGAACAACCAGACAAAAUACAACAACCUACAUCUGAUAUAUCAACAUCUCAAUCUGGUAAUACACCAAAAGAACAACCAGACAAAAUACAACAACUAGAUACUCCCAAUAAACAGUUGACAUCUGCUGUUGAUUCAAGUUCAACAAAAUGUCCCCCUGCCAACAAUUUAUCAAGCUUGGCAGAAAAUACAAUCAAAUCUGAUGAAGAUUGUAAUGAAGAUAAAUGUAAAGUUGUGCUGGUAGAAAUAGUUAAUGAUGAUGAUACUCUAACUACGGAUGCUGUUAGAUUAAAUCUUGAAAAUAAAAAGAAAGGUGGUCCAAUACUGGAGGUGAAACAUAAUAGAAAAACAAACAGUUUUCUAGUUGUCUUUGAAAAGCAAAAAGUUGCUGAAAAAGUUGUACUUAAUGCUACAAAUAUACAUGAUGUAAAAGCUAAAUUCAGUAUGUACAAUGACGAUCCAGACAAAUUCUGCGAUAAGGAAGAAGCAUUUGAAGUUGCGGUAGAUAAAAAUGAUAAAUAUCUGGCAAAAUAUAUACAGGCAAAGAACAUUUCAAGUAAAAAAAUGAUGGAAGAACUCGAAAACAUUGGAUGUCAAUAUACAUCUGUGAAAGCACAAGCAAAUCAGUUGGUCUUUUCUUUGAUGACUCUAGAGUAUGUGAAGGACAUCAAGGCCAAAAAACAAGAAGUUCAACAAAUUCUAGAAAAUAUAAUGAAACCUCUUUGUACACAAACAAUUCCAGUUCCAGAUGGUAUCAACAUUCACUUACACAUAAAUGCAAUGAAAAAUGACCCAAAAAUAUCUGCCAGAGCCUCAUUUAUAUAUGAAGGGAAAACUCUAUAUAUUGUUGGCAGAGAAAAGAAAGUUGCCAAUUGUUAUAAGAAAUGCAAGGAUAUCAUUUUACAGGAGGAGGAAGAUAUGAAACAGAAACAACUCAAAGUGGAGAAAGUGGAAAAGAAACCAACUGAAAUUAAUUUUUUCCGCAAAUUCCUUCUUGGCAGCAGAGAAAUGGAAAAGUGGUCAAAAAUAACGAUAAAUUUUGAAGAAGAUUACAUAUGUCUUAAAGGCCCUGAAUCUGAAACUAAAGGCAUGAAACUGUUCAUAUUAGAACAGUUUCAUCGUCUUCAUAGCAGUGAAUUGUUCAGAGAUGAAACCAUCAUUCUGGAAUUUCUGAAUAAUACCCGUACACAAGAUAAAAUUGAAACGAAACUGAAAGUAGCAAAUAUAAACUGUUCUGUAGGUGUUGAAGGUACAAAAGUCGUACUGGUAACGCAAGACAGUGAUCAAGACAAAAGAAGAGCUAGAGAUCUAAUACAGAAAGAAAUUAGUUCAAAAUCAGUUGAGUUACCAAAUAAAAAAAUGUUUAAAUCAGAAGAUUGGAGAGAAUUAGUAAAAUCCUUAAAAGAUAACAACAAGGAUGAUAUUGAGAUGCAGACAAAUCCAGAAACUCUGCGUUUGACAGUAACAGGGUUUUCCAACAAGGUAGAUUCUGCUAUACAACAAAUAGAAAAACACUUAGAUUGCCACACUGUAUUAACGGAACGAUAUCAUGCUGCUGAUGAAAACAGGAUGAAAUUUCUACAGCAAUAUCAAUCACAAACAGUUGAACAAAUGCUGUCAGAGUUCCAUGUAUCCAUAAAGUUCUCAGAAAUGUCAUGUGAAUUAAAAGGAACUGCUCAAGGAAUAGAAAAGGCUAAAGCUCAGCUUGGAAUGGAAUGUAGUAGAAUUCAAAUGGAAACAUUCACAAUAAAAGUACCAGGAUUGGGUAUAUUAUUUAAUCAUGGUCCCGGUCUGUGUAAAGGUGAAGAAAUCUUAACAUGGCUUAUGAAACAAAAUAAAUGUCUAAUAGUGGAAGGCCCAAAUGCAUCCAAACAGCGAAAAAUGCUUUCACAAUGGAGUUUACCAAAUUCUACCAGAAUUUAUGUAGUUAAAGGAGAUAUCAGAUUACUUACAGUUGAUGCUAUUGUAAAUGCUGCUAAUGGACAAUUGAAACAUGGGGCAGGAUUAGCUAGAGCUAUUGUUGAUAUGGGUGGUAAAGAUAUACAGAGAGAAUGUGAUAAAUAUAUUGAUAAAUAUAGCCAGAUAAAAGAUGGGGACGUUAUGGUGAGUAGUGCUGGAAAUUUGAAAUGUAAGAAGGUCAUACAUGCGGUGGGGCCACUUUGGAAAGGAGGAAAAAAUGAUGAAGAAAAUAUUCUUAUGAAAACUGUGAAGAAUUCACUCAUCGCUGCUUCAAAUGAAAAUCUCAAGUCUGUAGCCAUUCCACCAAUUAGUACUGGAAUAUUUCACUAUCCAAAACAAGAGGCAGCCAAUGUCAUUGGUAAAACUGUGUACAGUUUUCUGAUAAAGAAUGCCAGUGAACUAAAAGAGGUAUAUUUAUGUGAUACCAAGAUGGGGAUACUUGAAAUGUACAUCAAUGUUAUACAGAAAGAACUGGGAGGAAAAGGUUCCCAAAGGACUGAUCAGGAGAAUGGAGCUGUAGGUGGAGUCCCAUUAGAAUCCCACCAUGACAGUGAAGAAGAUGAAUCUUCUACUGAGGAGGAUGAUGAAGAUGAUGAUGAUGAUGAUGAUGGUGUACAUGAAGAUGAUGGAUCAGGUUCAGACAAUGAAACAGGAUGGUCAUGUUUUGGAAAGACUCGAAGAUCUUUGGACUCAACAAGAGUAAAGAUUGUAUGUGGAGAACUAACCAAACAAAAGGCUGAUGUUUUAGUUAACUGUACAUCACCAGAACUAGAUUUAAAAUCAGGUGCUGUAUCACGUUCUGUAUUACAUGAUGCUGGAAAUUCUGUUCAAAUUGAAUGUGACGAGAAAUACAGUGGUGGUAUUACUCCAGGAGACGUAGCUUCAACAUCUGCAGGGAAAUUAUCUUGUCGUAAAAUCUACCAUGGAUGUCUUUUAUCUUAUAGAAAGGACAAAAGAGGAGCAGAAAAGAUAAUGAAGGUAUUUGUAAAGAAUUGUUUGGAGACUGCUGAUAGUGAUAAGUUAAAGAUCAUCUGUUUCCCAGCAUUGGGUAGUGGUCAUCUUGGUUUUCCAGCUGACACUUCAGCAACUAUUGUUUUUGAGGAAACACAAGACUUUUUCAAGAAAAAUCCCAAAUCUUCAGUUCAGCAAGUUUUAUUUGCUGUACACCCUAAAGACACAACAGUAUUGAAAGCCUAUGAGGACAUUGGAGAGAAAUUUGGAGUAACAUCAAGUAAAGGUUACUCAGGUUCAUCUAGGCAUGGAGCAUCUUCAGAUGGUUCAUCUAGACAUAGAGCAUCUUCAGAUGGUUCAUCUAGACAUCAAGCAUCUUCAGAUGCGUAUGUGGCAGGAAUGUCAGUAAAAAUUUGUAAUGGUGAUAUAACUAAAGAAAGUAGUGAUUGUAUUGUUAAUAUUUGUAACAGUAACAUGGAAAUGAAAUAUGGUAUUUCUAAAAUUAUAGCAGAUAAAGGUGGGCCUGAAAUACAAGAUGAAUGUUCACAGAAAAAAGGUGAAAUGUAUACAGAUGGUGUUGUAAUAACUGGUGGAGGUGAACUACAGUGUUCUAUGAUUUGUCACAUAAAAAUACAAAAAUCUCCUCACGAAUGGGAAAAAAUUAUAAAGAGUGCCUUGUAUAAAUUGAAUAAACAACCUGUAACAUCCAUAUCGUUUCCAGCAAUAGGAACAGGUGGAUUGAAAAUAUCGCCAAAAGAAUCGGCUAAAUUUCUAUAUGCUGCUCUUAAAUCAUUUGGAGACAAAAAUAAGCAUUCUAAAAUUAAAGACAUCAGGAUAGUUAUUUAUCAAGCGGAACAUAUGAAGGAAUUUGAAAGGGUAUUUGGAGUUACGAAGAAUGACAGUAAUAAGAAAAGGCAUGUCAAAAAAAACACAAAAGAACCAAGACAAAAGAAAUAUAAUGAUGAGGUGAUGUUAACUAUAUAUGCUGAAAAUGAGAAACAGAUGGAAGUUGUGAAGGAGAAGUUAUAUGAUAGAAUAAAUGGGGAAAUUGAAGAAAAGAGCAUAUCAGAAUGUAAUAAAAAAAAGUUGGAUAAACUAAAAAAACAUCAGAUAGACGAACUAAAAGAGAUAGCUCAUACAUUUCAUGUUAAAUUAAAACAUGAUAAGUCCAACAAUACAAUGACCAUAAAAGGACUUUCCAAACAAGUGAGUGAUUGCUUACCUCAGGUAAAUGACAAAAUUCAGUCGUGGACUUCAGUAGAACGGCAGAAAAUAGAGAGACAGAUGAUAAACAAAUUUGUUGACUGGGAAUACGAAGAAACACCUGGCGGAAGGCGCCGUUCAUUUGGACCAGGAAUAACAAGUAAAUUAGAAAAAGCUCUUAUAGAUAGAGAAAGGAAGGUAACUUUUACUGAUCAUCGAGAUCGUAAAUAUACAGUUGAUUUAAAGGAGAUGACGGAAUAUCGGGAUGGAGGAUCACAUAAACCAGUUAAAGUUUUUCGUAAUGAAAAGUUAUCUGUAAAAGGAGGACAUAAGCUUUUAAAGGGUGAAGAAGAUGCAUUAAAAGGUACAAAGACAGUUUAUUUUACUCUGGUUCCUAAACGAUCAUAUGAUGACAGUAGACCAGAAGAGUACCAUUUUAGGGUGGCAGAAUCACAAUUUGGCCGUCUUAUUGGAACCAAUGGAAAGUAUUCCGUUACAAAAGUGGAAUACGUUGUCAAUCCAGUUCUGAAAAAAAAGUUUGCAGAAGCUAAACAACAACUGAAGAAAUUACGUGGAGAUGGCAGUGCUCUUCCAGUUCUGGCAUUUCAUGGCACUGCUGAAGCUAAUAUUCAGCCUAUCUGUGAAAAUGGAUUUAAAAAGCUAGGAGAUCCUGACUUUAAGCAAGCAUCGAGUGGUAAACAGUGGUAUGGAGAUGGUGUUUAUUUUAGUGAAUAUCCCGAUUAUUCAAUGGGUUAUAUAAGGGGAUCUACCAGAUUAUUAUUAUGUCAAGUUUUACUUGGAAAGUCUUAUACCUGUACAUCUUUACGAAGCAGUUCUCAAGUUGAACCAGGGUAUGAUUCACACAUUUCAGCUGACAAGAAAGAGUUGGUUGUAUUUGAUACAAAUAGAAUAUUACCGUCUUAUAUUGUACAUUAUGGUGGUAAAAUUAAUGAAUAUAAAUUUUAAGUGUUGAUUAUGUAUAUUGAAUAUACAAUGUUAUGUGUUAUAUUGUACAUUAAAACCAGUAAAACCAGUGAACAUACAUUGUCUAAUUAAUUUCAAAAUAUAUGAAGGUUUUCAGUUAGUUUCCCCCAAUAAAAUCUGCUUGCAAUAUUGUUGUAAUGUUUGACAGCUAAUGUGUGCAUAACUAAACUGUUAUUAACUUUAUAAUCUAAGAAAUAUGAGUAAAAUGAGAUGUAACUACUGAUGCCAUGUUCAUGCCUAGAAAUUUUAUAAUUAUAAUAAAGAACAUCGGUGAAGAUAGUGCCAUGUCAAUGUCUGUGAUAAAAUAUGAAUCAAGUAAAGGUAAAAUUCCACAUCGGCUGUGAUUUUAUUAAGGAGUUAAUUGGUCCACAGUCUACAUUUCUUUACAAGUGUUUUUACUUUGAAAGAAUGAAUGCAUUGUUUACUUAUUAGUAGAGUAGGUUGAUUAAAUGUGAUUUAAAAUCUCAUUUCCUUUAUAAAUUAAGCCAUAUCUGUGGUAAGCUUUUACUUAAAACCUAAUUGUCCCCCGCCUUUCAUAUUUUUUAUUUGUUACUAUCAAUUGUUAUUGUUGCAGUUUUAUGGGAAAAUUUAUAUUUGUUAUUUAUAUUUGUUGCUAUUGCUUUAAUUGUUUUUUUAUGACUAACGAAAAGACAAUAUGAAAAUUGUUCAGUCAUUGUGGGGCCAUAAUUUAACAAGGAAAGCCCUUAUCUGUAGCACAUAACAGUAGUUAAGCAAUUUUUGUUAGUCAUAUUUUGAACCUAAAUUUUUUUGAGAAGGACAAUCUAAUUCUUUACAUGUUGAAAAGUUAUUAAAUUGGUAUACAUUAAAGCACUUUUAUCAACACUCAACCUUUAAUAUCUGUGAUUGCUUUUUAUAUGUCCACAUUUUCAUUUGGACCUAUAUUGUUGUUGCGCCCAUCCGUUCACAAUUUGUUUGUGGACACUCUACAGGUCACAAUUUUCAUUCAAUUUUGACUAAACUUAAAAUAUAGGUCUAUCUCCCAAAGAUCUUCGUUCCUUUCGAUAUUGGCAUAUAUCGAACCAUAACUUCAUGGAUUAUGGCCCCUGAUUGUAUGAAAAAUCAUGUUUUUAGCUUGUGGACACUCUAAAAGGUCACAAUUUUCAUCUGAUUUUGAUGAAACUUGAAAUGCAUGUUUAUAACCCAAAGAUCUUGGUUCCUUUCAAUAUUUGCGCAUAUCGGAUUGUAACUUUCUGAAUUAUUGCCCCUGAUUGUAAGAAAAUCACGUUUUUAGCUCGUGGUCCCUCUAGAGGUCACAAUUAAUAUCUGACUUAAAAAAACAUUUGAAUAUAUCACUGUUACACUGUAAUGACACUUGAGUUCGAAGGUCACAAUUUUGAUGAAACUUGAAAUACAUGUUUAUAACCCAAAGAUCUGGGUUCCUUUCGAUAUAUCGGAUCAUAACUUCCUGAAUUAUGGCCCUUGAUUGUACGAAAUAUCAUGUUUUCAGCUUGUGGUCCCUCUAGAGGUCACAAUUUUUAUCUGAUUUAAAAAAAAACAUUGGAAUAUAUCACCGUUACAUCCUAAUGAUCCGGAAUAAUUAUAUCACCGUUACAUCCUAAUGAUCUGGACAAAAUGGCCACCCCUCAUCCGCAAGUAGUGUAAAUAUAUGGUAUAUCAAGGUUGUGGACCCUCUAUUAGAAGUCAGAAUAUUGAUCCUAUUUUGAUGAAAAACGAAGAAAUAUAUCUUCAUAACCUAAAGAUCUUGGUUCCUGUCGAUAUUCACGCAUAUUAAUAUCGGAUCAUAACUUCCUGAAUUAUGGCCCUUAAUUGUACAAAAAAUCGCUUUUUGUUUAGCUUGUUCUCUAUCCAUCUCUUGCAAAAUGUGGGGAUAUCCUGCCUGGCAGCCGCUGGUUUAUAUUUGGCUUUAGCCCAGAGAAUCCUUAAAUUCAAUACUGGUAAAAUAUCAAUACUUAUGUUAUUGGCUGUAUAUAUGCUUUGAUGAAGUGUAUAAUGUAGUUGAUGCUUUUAUAUUUUAAUCUUGAAUGAAUUGGUUUGCAUCCUUAACAAAGUUAUUUUAAGUAAGAUUACAAUAUUCUAUUGAUUGACAAAUGUGAUAUAUCACACUCAAUUGAAAGUAUGUCAAUAAAUGUAUUUGAAUUGAAGAAAUGAAUAAAAAAUAUUUUAUUUAUCUUUA